AUGCCCGUCGAGCCACGCUAUCCAGACCUGAUCGACGAAGAGGUCAUCGUCAUCCUCCUCGACCUAUACGCCCGCGACUUGUUCAAGUUCGACACCCACGAAUACUUAGCGCGCAUGCUCGACAGGGUGCUCAAGCACCCGCCAUCAAGGAAGGUCAUUUUCGAGAAGCAUACACACAUCAUCCGCCACCCGGUGAUUCUCGACCUUCUGAGGGCCAUGCACGCACCAAAGCCAAAGCCAUCAACCGUCGACGCAAGUAACUUACGGCAGAAGCCAUCGCCACCUGCCCCAGCAUCAAGCUCGAGCAGCCCGCAUCCUUCGCCGUCUCCACCUCGGCAGCCGCCUGCGCGACCGCCCCAUCUGCCCUCUGUCAAGCACACACCCGAAUACCGCCCCGCCCAGGCGGUCCGCACUAUCCCUCCCCCAAUAUCUACACGCUCUGCGCCUCAGCCUCAGCCUCAGCCUCCGGCGCACACGUCCCACUACGAGGCCGUCGCGCAGCCGGUUGCCCGCGGGGGGCAGCAGACUGUCCCCCGCGCGUCGGCCGAUAUCAUGCCCCGCAUAAUUCCGUAUCAGCGCCGCGGCGCACCGGUCCUACGCUACCAUCCGUAUGAGUCUUCGACACGCGCACCGACGCAGAGCGGGUCGACGAGCGCGGCGUUGUCGGACGAGGACGAGAGGGGGAAGUGGGCGUGGCGUGGAUGA